AUGGAAAGCGAUUCUUUCCAGGCCACUACGGAGGCAUUCCUUGAAUGGCUGUCCAAAAUCGGCGUUCGCAUAAACCCCAAAAUGACAUUGAAGGAUCUGAAAUCAGAAGGGCGAGGUCGCGGGGUUGUCGCCGCCGCAGAUUUCGAGGAGGAUGAGGUUGUGUUCUGUAUUCCCCGGACAGCUGUGCUUAACGUCAACAAUGUUUUCGCCGGACAGGACUCAGGUGCUUCUAAGGAAGCUCUGCUGCAGAUGCCAAACUGGUUGGCGCUCACAGCCACCAUGAUGUCAGAAGGCCAGCAGUCGGAUUCAAGAUGGGCGCCAUAUCUCGCUGUUCUGCCGCAGAAACUCGAUAGUCUCGUAUUCUGGUCAGAAGAGGAACUGGCGGAGCUCCAAGCUAGCAGUGUGGCAAAGAAAAUUGGGAGGAGCAGCGCGGAAGAGAUGUUCACAAAGCACAUCUCCCCCCUCGGACUUGGAGAAUUCAAUGUGGAACUCUGCCAUCAAGUUGCUUCCGUCAUCAUGGCAUACGCUUUCGACAUCCCUGAAGAAGAGCCUGCAAAGCAAGAAAAUGGAGGCGCUGAGGGUGAAACUGAUGAUCUUGUCUCUGAUGACGGCGAAGACGAGAAGACGAUUCUGUCAAUGAUCCCGCUUGCAGAUAUGUUGAAUGCAGAUGCGGAACGUAACAACGCCCGUAUUUAUUACGAGAAUGAGGACCUGGAAAUGCGAACGAUCAAGCCUAUCAUGGCAGGCGAGGAGAUAUUCAAUGAUUAUGGCCAACUUCCACGAUCGGAUCUUCUCCGCCGCUACGGCUACGUCACAGAAAACUAUGCGCAGUACGACGUCGUAGAGAUUUCUUCUGCCUCGAUAAAGUCACUUAUGACUGAGAAACCGCAAGAAAUUCAAAGUGGCCAAUUUCUGGACCCUUUGACUAGUGCCGAAGCAGAGGAGAGAGUCGCCCUGGCAGAUCGCGAAGGCAUUCUCGAAGAUUCAUACGAUGUCAAUAUCGCUAAUGCCGAGGAGCGGGCUAUUCCAGACGAGCUCCUAGCAUUAUUGUACCUUUUUCUUCUUGACAACGAGAACCUGGAGGCUAUUGUUACAUCGCAAAGCGCCCUUCCCAGCCGAUCGAAACUAGCAACUGAGCUCGUUGGAAAGGUCUUGGUGAAAGUUCUACGACACCGGGAAGCGGAGUAUGCUACCACACUUGAAGAGGACGAGAAACUGUUGCAAGCGGCAAACUUACCACGCCGGACCGCAAUGGCCAUUCAAGUUCGACACGGGGAGAAGAGAGUUUUGAGACUAGCCGUUGAGGAAGCGAUGAAAUUCGAAGCAGCGAACAAGCGAAUGAGACCAAUUCGUGGCUCGGCUUUAAACACAGCGAAAAAUGGUUCAAAUUUGAACAACAAGAGGCGUGCGGAAGAAGUGUCGAAACCGGGCAAAAAGGGACGACUUCGAUGA